GGGCUGAGAGUGCGGAGGGAGGUGGGCUGGAGUUCGCGCCUACCCCUCCCCAGCAGGGGUAGGAAGUAGACAGGACUUUCCAGGUUCGCCGCGAACGCAGAAUCAUGCAACCCACAACCGGCCCCACCCUCCUGGCCGUCUGGUCCCCUCCUCCUGGACUGAAACAAGGAGCCGCGGAGCGGUGGGGCCAGAUGGACUCGUCCGAGACGCGGAGCCAUCCGGACUCUGUGCAGCACCAGAGCGGGCCGGGCAGCAGUGGGCGCUCGCGAUCCUCCUCUGCCCUGCGCUCUCUCCCUCAGGACCCGGCCUCCUCCGUCCCCUCCUCCUGCUCCUGCUCCUCCUCCUGCUCCUCCCCUCCGCGGGACUGUUCGCCGAGCCUCCCGCCUGCAAAGUCCCCGGCGCGAGGGCAGUCACCAGCCGCCGCCACUGCCUAGUCUCCGUGGGUGCCCGAAUACCCUGCCUCUCCCGCCUGCCCCGAGGCGCCCCGAAGCUCGCUCCGCCGGCCGCCGGUUCUCCGCGGAGCUGCCCAUGGCUCAGCCCGAGAGCGGACUUUGGGCGCCGGACCGGCUCGACCGCGGCGCUGCUCAGUAAUUGGCAGCCUGGGACACCCAUGUGUCACUGAUCAGAAGGCAUUCCCCGCGGCAGUGCUUCAUGACCCAGCGGCGCUGGGCCCAGUGAAGCCACCAUGGUGACCAGCACGGCUGCACUGCUCCUGGGCGCGGUGCUGCUGGUGGCCCAACUCCAGCUAGUGCCUUCCCGCCCCGCCACGCCCGGGGCCGAGCCGGGCCAGCUGGAGCUUGCACGCAGAGAGGCCACCCUCCAGGGCGAGGGCCAGGAAGGUGCGGCCCCCAACGGCUCGGCCCAGCAGCUGCCUCAGACCAUCAUCAUCGGUGUGCGCAAGGGUGGCACGCGCGCAUUGUUGGAGAUGCUCAGCCUGCACCCCGACGUGGCAGCCGCCGAGAACGAGGUCCACUUCUUCGACUGGGAGGAGCACUACAGCCAAGGCCUAGGCUGGUACCUGGGCCAGAUGCCCUUCUCGUCCCCGCACCAGCUCACAGUGGAGAAGACCCCCGCGUACUUCACGUCGCCCAAAGUGCCUGAGCGCGUCCACAGCAUGAACCCGGGCAUCCGGCUGCUGCUCAUCCUGCGAGACCCGUCCGAGCGCGUUCUGUCGGACUACACCCAAGUGUUCUACAACCACGUGCAGAAGCGCAAGCCCUACCCGUCCAUCGAGGAGUUCCUGGUGCGUGACGGCCGGCUCAACGUGGGCUACAAGGCGCUCAACCGCAGCCUCUACCACGUGCACUUGCAGAACUGGCUGCGCUUCUUCCCGCUGCGCCACAUUCACAUCGUCGAUGGUGACCGCCUCAUCAGGGACCCUUUCCCGGAGAUCCAGAAGGUUGAGCGGUUCCUGAAGCUGUCGCCGCAGAUCAACGCCUCGAACUUUUACUUUAACAAAACCAAGGGCUUCUACUGCCUGCGGGACGGGGGCCGGGACCGCUGCUUGCACGAGUCCAAAGGCCGGGCACACCCCCAAGUCGACCCCAGACUCCUCAAUAAACUGCACGAAUAUUUUCAUGAGCCAAAUAAGAAAUUCUUCGAGCUUGUGGGCAGGACAUUUGACUGGCACUGAUUUGCAGUAAGCUAGGCCGGGAACCUUUCCUAUUGUAAGUUCUGGUGUACGUCUGGGGGAAGAAAAA